CGACGUGGCGCAGGCGCGACGCGGCCAUGGCGGAGCUUGUGCGGGAGGAGCUCUCGGCUCUGGCCGCGAUCUUCUGCGGCCCGGGCGAGUGGGAGGUACUGAGUCGCUCAGAAUGAAUCAGCCUGACGUUUUAUCAACUUUUGAAAAGUGGGGUGAAGUGGUGUGGAACGCAUCAGAGGGGUGAAGCGGAGCAAAUCUGAAAGAGAGCAGAGUGUUUCAUCUCCUGUCCUGUGUGUGCUCGCCCCCUCCUCCUUGUGGAGUCAGGCACAGAAUUGCUGUCUGCCCCAUUUUAGUUCCUCCCGCUGCCUUCAUGUUACACCGAUACUGAUACACCUGACGUCGGAAAAGAGUGGUCCGGGCAGUUCCUGUAUCGUGCGCCCUCACGGUUUUCUCUGCACUCCGACAGCCACACGAGAUGCAGGAGACAGAUGGGACUGUGUUCAGAAUUCUCACAAAAGCCGAAGGGCGUCUGGAUGCAGAUAUUCCUUUACAGCUGGUCUUCCAUUUGCCGGUCGAUUACCCGUUGUGUCUGCCUGGCAUCGUGGUUAACUCCGACUGCCUGACCAGGGCCCAGUGUGCGGCUGUGAAAGAGACAUUACUGAAGCAAGCAGAGACUCUUUUGUCGGAACCUAUGGUUCAUGAGCUGGUUCUCUGGAUUCAGCAAAAUCUCAGACACAUCCUCAGGCGACCAGAAACUGGAGGUGACAUUAGUGCGACAUGCCCUCCUGCAGCACGCCCGGCUGUGGAUGAUGGAUGGUGGAUAACUCUUUUGCAUUUAGAUCACAUGAGAGCAAAGACUAAAUAUGUCAGAACCGUGGAGAAGUGGGCUUCCGAUUUAAGGCUGACAGGAAGACUGAUGUUCCUGGGUAAAAUAAUACUGAUUUUACUGCAGGGAGACAGAGACAACAUCAAGGAGUACCUGAUUCUUCAGAAAACCUCCAAAGUAGAUGUGGACUCAAGUGGAAAGAAAUGCAAAGAGAAAAUGAUUCGUGUACUGUUUGAAACAAAAGUACAGACAGAACACAAAAGGUUUCUGGCGUUUGAAGUCAAAGAGUAUUCAUCGCUGGAUGAGUUACAAAAGGAAUUUGAAACUGCAGGACUUGAGCAGCUUUUCUCCGAAUUUGUGCUUGGGCUGGUAAAAUGACAUGAAAGAAGAUAGGAAUCUUUUAGUGAAAAAGCAGUGUUCUUGUUUUUGUUUUUUGCAUCGGAUUUGGGGAGUGGCUGAUUUAAAUACUCAUAAGGGAACAAUUUCAAGAGUUUCUCUGAAGCAAAAUGACAGACACCAUCAUCGUUUCAGAACAAAAGCCAAUUCUGUUUAUGGAAUAUUAAACAGUAAGGAUACCCAUAUAUUCUAAGUUUUGCCAGUAAAAGCUAGGUUCAAUAGAUGGAACGUUAUUUGAAAGAUAAAUAUAAAAAGAUGAUGGUAAAUGAGCCCUUGUGUUUAUACAGAGGAUUUGUUUGGAAUUGUGCAAUUUUCUGGCUAAUUUUUGUGUAAUUAAAUGAAUUUCAAAAAGAGAUUUGUUUUCAUAUUGGCUUUUGUCAUGUUUACAUUUUUGGUGUUUGAUCACGAUUUUUCCCCAUUCAGCUUAUUAUGUCUAAUGUUUUAAGUUGAAUGUUAAGAAAAAUAUAACAUUGAUUUUUUUUGUGGAGUUGCAUAAAUGGUUAGUUUAAAUAAAAACCAAACAAGCUCUAU